AUUAAAUACAAAGCUGAAAGUACAACCAGGAAGGAAAGUGAAACCGGGUGCAGCCCCCAGUAUAAGACUCCCCCUACCCAGGAGAUGGCUGGACAAGGAGGCUGGGCCCUGACAUGGGCCAGACAACAGGCGACCUUGGUUGGCGGCUCAGCCUACUGCUACGCUCCUUGCUCCUGGUACAAACCAGUGUCUGGGGAUUCCCAAGGCCACCAGGGAGGCCCACCCUGAGUGUGCAGGAGCUGCGCGCGGAGUUUGCUGUCAGCCUGCAUCUUGCCAGGAAACUGCUCGCAGAGGUUCAAGGCCAGGCCCACCACUUUGCUGAAUCACACCUCCUGGGAGAGCACCUGGACCUCCUGCCCCCACAAAAGCAGCUCCCCAAUGUGUCACUGACCUUCCAGGCCUGGUACCACCUCUCUGAUCCAGAGAGACUCUGUUUCCUCACUGUGACUCUUCAGCCCUUUCACGCCCUGCUGAGAAGGCUGGGGAGCCAAAGGGGCUGGACUAACUCGGAGAGGAUGCAGCUGCGGGCAGUGGGGCUCGAUCUCCGGGACCUGCAGCGGCAGCUCCACUUCCAGGGGCUGGCUGCAGGACUCAACCUCCCUGAGGAGAAAAAGGAAGAGGAAGAGGAGGAGGAGGAGGAGGGGACAGGGCUGCUUCGAGGGGCACAGGUGUCUUGGCCCCAGCUGCUCUACACCUAUCAGCUGUUGCACUCCCUGGAGCUGGUCUUAUCCCGGGCCGUGCGGGACUUACUACUGCUGUCCAAGGCUGGGCACCCACGCUUGGCCCCCAGUCCUGAUGGAGUGACCGUCUAAUCCCCUUUCCUUAUUCUUUAGGACUUCGGGCCUGGAGUCCUGGCCAAGAGCACAACCUCCAGCCCCAUUUGCCUCAGACCAGCCCCAGCCCCAUCCCCUACCCAAUAAUUUAAAGUCCCUCCAGCCCAUGUCAGAUAUUUAUUUCUUGAAUAUUUAUUUAUUGUUUAGGAUACGAUUUAUUUAUUAUCUUAUCCUCAGGCUGCACCACUGCGCUGGGUGCCUAAUAAAGCCUUCUCAUCCUUUCUCUGCUUUAGCAUCUUGUCAUAGAAGAGGUGCCUGACAUCCAAGGGACAAGAUAGCUACAAGGGAGUUGGUAGCCUCUGGCCACUCAGAACCCUUCACUGCUCUGACGUAUUUGAUGCUUCUGGUCCACUUUCCCUGACUGGCCUGCUUAGUUGCCAUAGUAACCAGCAGAGUUCUGGGGCUGAGCUCUCUUUUUGGAAAGUCAAGGCAGCUGGCCUGCUACCUGUUGAUUUCUGAUUCCAUCUGGUGCCUCUAAGCCUGUCAAUCUGUUUCCUUUGUGCUGAAGGGAAGAAUGUGUUAGCCCCCCCCCCCCCAGCUAUGUCACCCCAUGCAGCUCUCUGGGGAGUUCAGGCACGGAGAGUGGACUAUGG